AUGUCAUCUAUGUCUUACUCGAAGAAGCCUAUGCAGCCCUCGCCGCUGAAUCGACACGAAGUCGAUAACACUAGCAGCUUGCACGACAACGCCAUCACGGUAUGGGGCAAUCCCGUCUGUUGCCCCGUCGGUCCGGUCGUCUGUGCCGGGUUGACGCUGGUCCGGGAUGUCCUCCGCGGCGAGUACGCACCCGCAAGCCCCAUUUGUCGAGCGAAUCUGUCCUGCGAGCCCAGCCUCCACUCGCCAUACGUGUUUCGAGCCAUCGAUGCUUCAAACCAAGCCGAACCCUCUGAUGUGGCACUUGUAUCGUACUUUACCGGACUGUCUACUGCCGCUUCAGUAGCGCAGCAACUGCAUACGAUUGUGCGAUGGAGAGACAUCAAGCUGGCCCAAUUCCAAAAUUCGGCUGCCAACGUUGGUAACCCUGAACUGGCCAUAGCUGGACAAUCGACAGGUCUUGACCUCGUGUUUUUCUACAUCCAGUAUUACAGCUAUAACGUCGAGGCGACGUUGGCCUUCUUCUGGUCGAUUGCUCUUACACAAUCCAUCUUUCAGAUGAAAGCUGUCAAGUCCACGCGAAAACAAGCCAAUUACACGGCCAAAGCUGCAGCUGUUCUUGUGCCCAUUCUGUUAGUGGGAAUUCUCCGCUUAGAUGCUGUCCAGAAGCAAUCUGUCACUUUCUUGCUCUUGGCAGAUUCAAUCAUGGGCUUCUGUCUGAGCGGAACUGGUGCUCUCCUUAUCGUCAUCUUGGUCAAAUACAUCCAUACGCGCCGCAACCUCUUGUCGUGGAACGUCCGUUACGGUCAACGUUCAAACAGUACGAAGAGCAGCGAUACUCUCGUCAUUGACAGCAGUGCCGAGAAUCGCCGCCAAAGCAUCUAUGACAGAUGGCUCGUCGUUCGCUUCAGCAUAGCGUUCGUGGCAUUGGCGUGA